AAAGUUCGGUCGGGUUACGCCCCCCAAAAUCCAAAAGCGAGGGAAUCAUAUAAACACCCAACAAAAUUACAAAUCCAACCGCAAAAUUAUCCAUUUCCUCUUCAUUUAUCCCUCAAAAUCAAACCCAAAAUUAAACAACUUUAAUUAAUGGCAACAGCUACAUCUAUCCAAUCCGAUAUCCUCUCAGCUCUCCACCUCGCCAAUUCCAUCUUCUCACGCGCCACCGCCCCCUUCUCUUCCCGACGAUUACUCUUAUCCUCUUCCUCGCUUAAAACGCCGUCCUUCUCCUCUUUCAGACUCAGAGCCUUCUCCUCCUCCUCUUCCACCGAUUCAACUCAACAACAACCGUCAGUCAAACUUCCUGAAAAACCCCCGAUUUGUACGGCCGACGAGCUUCACUACGUCUCCGUUCCUAAUUCCGACUGGCGCCUCGCUCUCUGGCGUUAUUUUCCUUCUUCUCAGGCGCCUCCCAGGAAUCAUCCGCUGUUGUUACUCUCCGGAGUCGGCACCAAUGCCAUCGGUUAUGAUCUCUCUCACGGGUCAUCUUUUGCACGGUACAUGUCUGGCCAAGGAUUUGAAACAUGGAUUCUUGAAGUUAGAGGAGCUGGUUUAAGUGUACAAGAAAGUAAUCCUAAACAAAUUCAGCAGUCUGCUCAUGCUGUCUCUGCAGAGAUGGAAGCUGCUGCUGCGGGCGCGACUGUGACUGAUGAGCCUUUUUCUAGUGUGGACCAGCAGCUGAACAAUGCUCCCAGUGGACCGAGUUCCUUGUCGGAUUCUGAUGAAGGUUUGGUUGUUAAGGAGGAUUCAACAGGGAUAGCAACUGUGUGGGAUGAAUCGAAGUUGGUAACGAAGUUGUCGGAAACUCUUAUGCGCUUGUCCGAAAUGCUUUCUGGGUUCAUCAGUGAAGGCCAGUUGAAGAUGAUUUCUGAUAAGCUAUUUGAGCAGACAGCUAAACUUUUACAAGAUUCUCAGUUAUCCGAACGCUUUGAUGAGAUACGGGGAAAGCUUUUGAGAUUGCUGGAAACUAGACAAAAUUCGAUUAUUGCUAGUCAAAUAAGGGAUCUUAGCCAACAGUUUGUAAAUAUUUUCGAGGAAGGUCAAAUAUCUGUUUCGCCUCAGCUGUUUGACUUGCAAGAACGUCUUUCUGCGACUAUAGAAGAUUUUCAGAAACAGCUCGACUUGAUUGUUAAGUAUGACUGGGAUUUUGAUACUUACCUGGAAGAAGAUGUUCCUGCUGCGAUGGAAUACAUAAGAGCGGAAAGCAAGCCCAAGGAUGGAAAAUUGCUUGCAAUUGGACAUUCCAUGGGAGGUAUCCUACUCUAUGCAAUGCUUUCACGAUGUGGCUGUGAUGGAAGAGACUCUGGACUGGCUGCUGUUGUUACUCUGGCAUCAUCAUUAGACUAUACAUCUUCAAAUUCAAGACUCAAAUUGCUUUUGCCCCUUGUAGAUCCUGCUCAGGCUCUUAGUGUACCUGUUGUUCCCUUGGGUGCAUUAUUGUCAGCAGCAUUUCCUCUUUCAUCUCGUCCUCCUUAUGUGCUAUCUUGGCUCAAUUACAUGAUAUCAGCACAGGACAUGAUGCAUCCGGAGUUAUUAGAAAAGCUUGUCUUGAAUAAUUUUUGUACUAUACCCGCCAAACUUCUCCUGCAGCUUACGACAGCUUUUCGAGAUGGUGGAUUAUGUGAUAGGAGUGGUAAAUUUUUCUAUAAGGACCAUCUACCCAAGAACAACGUACCUGUCUUAGCUUUAGCUGGAGACCAAGAUCUAAUUUGCCCACCUGACGCUGUAGAAGACACUGUUAAGCUCAUUCCCAAACAUCUGGUUACUUAUAAAUUGUUGGGAGAACCUGAAGGUCCGCAUUAUGCACACUAUGAUUUGGUGGGAGGAAAACUGGCAGUGAAGCAAAUUUAUCCUUGCAUAAUUCAGUUUCUUAGUCAACAUGACUGACAUGAUUAUCUGGUUAGUUCAACUUCGUUGCCCACGCAAUUCAUUCCUGCAGCAAGCGUUAUUUUUCUUGCACAAGAAAUACAUUUCUUCAAUUGGCAACUGGAUUCAACUUUGAAAUUGGUGCUGAGGUGGACAUUUAUCUUGAUAAUGAAGCGAGUCAUACGAGAAAGAUCAUCAUAGCGUUGAUCUAGAGAUUUGCAAAAUGGGGAACAAUGUUUCAAUUAUUUGCCCGAGUUCUAGUCUGAUAUUUGAAAAUCAGAAUCUAGCUGAAAGAAAGAGUAAAAUUGAAGAUUAAUGGUUAUGUUUCUACACUCAGUUGCUUAUGAUUAUGAAUCAGUGUCAAUUGUUACAAUAUGUUUUCUCAAUGAAUAGAUAAAUUAUUGUUCAUCCGAA